AGUUAGAACCUGCUUUUAUUUUUUAUUUUUUUUAUUUGGUAUUGGAGCUGCACUCGGCGUCCACGCAUCAACACAGCAUCGGCAACGUUCGUUAACCUAAUCCCGUGUGCUUCCCUCCACAAUGCGCUAAGAAUCUUUGCAUUCUACAGACAAUAUGUCAGCCAAAGGCAAAGAGCCAGCUGCUCAAAAGGAUGCUGCGCCCACGAACCCGAGAGGCAUUCCCUAUGCACCAUUUGUCGAUAAAGUCGAAGACUAUGUCACCACCAGAGACGAUGUGCAAUCAACUCUCCGCAGCUUCCAGGAGAUGAUCUCGAAAUACCAGUUUAUGGAGUUAAAUUUGCAGAGGAGAGUAGCUGGCCUGAAGGAUAAGAUGCCCGAUAUAGAAAAGACUUUGGAAACAGUCCAAUUUUUAAAGACAAGGACGGGAGACUCGGAUCCUAUCGAGACGACGUUCGAACUAAACGAUACCUUGUACGCGAAAGCGUCGAUACCACCUACGGAUGAGGUGUAUUUGUGGCUCGGUGCGAACGUUAUGCUGGCAUAUCCCAUCGACGAAGCCCAGACCCUCCUCACAUCGAAGUUAUCUGCUGCAAAGCAAAGCUACUCUAAUUGCGAGGAAGAUUUGGAUUUUCUCAGAGAACAAAUUACGACUAUGGAGGUUGCAAUAGCACGAGUAUACAACUGGGAUGUGGUUCAGAAACGUAAAGAAAAGGCAGACGAAGAAGGGAAAGGGAAAGGGACCGAAGACGUCGACCAGCCAAACGGAUAAAGUGAUAUAUCUCUUGGUGAUCGGCUCGAAUAGGAUUCAUCUUCCAUAACCCAAACGACUGCUGCUAAACCGCCGUAUCGGAGUUAAUAAAUUGGUCCAUGUGUCCUGACUUACCGAUAUACCAAUACAACCACCGGACGUCUAAAUCUUACACAGUGCAUGUGAUGACGCAAUAUUGAACCUUUCUACUAAAAUAUUAGUAUCCCUAAGUCCAAAUGUUACGUAGGUGCAUUGAGGGAAUGAUAGUUUUGGAAUUCAUUACUCGCAUCUUUUCUCCUAAAC